AUGGGCGAGAAAGAGGACAAGGAAAAGGCCGAGAAGUUGGCCGCCGCUAAGAAAAGAGUUGCCCAGCUCCAGAAGAAGAAGAAGGCGGCGGUCGGUACCGGAGACAAAACAGCCAAAGCUAAAUCCGCCGAAGAUCCUGCCAAAGACGAACCCGCUGCCGGCGACUCGGCGCCAGAUACAGAGGACAAGAGUGCAAAGGCGGAGGUCGAUGAAGCAGCGAAGCCUACUCCUGAAGAGCCAGAGCCUGCCCAUGAAGCCACAGCGGAACCGUCGAAUGCCGAUGAAGAUGCCCUCAACGACGCCAUCCGCGCCGCCAGUGAAGCAUCGCCGGACCAAGAGGCGGACCAGUCGCCACCUACACCCUCACCUGCCUCUGGUGACCAGGACACGUCUUCUUCUAUGAAAGCGUCACGACAUUCCGCGCGCCAGCCAAGUGUCAGCCUCCAGAGCAAGAUUCGAAGCACGAGUUUCCGAGACGGUGGACCCCUAAGCCCCGCAGCCGCAGCCGCAUCGUUGUCGAGAAUCGAAGAACUCGAAAAGGAGAACAGACGGUUGGCCAAGGAAGCAGAGGAUCAUGAAAAGCGAUGGAGACGCGUGGAAGAGGAGCUGGAGGAGCUCCGAGAACAGAAUGCCGAGAAGUCAGCGUCCGCCGGUGGAAGUACACAGGAUGAGCUGAAUAGGCUGAGAGCCGAAAUCGAAACGUUGCGGCGCAGGAACAGCACUGCGCGGAAAGACAGUGCACAUGGCGGUGCAGAAGACCUAGAGUCCCUCAAGGUGCAGCUGGAAAACAAAGACUCCACGAUCGCCGACAUGCAAUUGGAAAUAUCGAGAUUACGGAGCCAGUUAUCUAGCCAGACGCAAGGCUGUGAAACCCAUGGGGAGCAGAUCUCUGCUUUGCAAGCGUCUCUGUCUACGGCAGAGAGCAAGGCUAAGGCCCUUGAGACUGAACUAUUUGAUGUGAAGAAAGCAUUAUCUAAGGCGAGUGAGAAGGCUGUUAUUGAUGGCACGGAGCAAACGAGCAAAGAGACAAAGAUCCGUACGCUGGAGCGGGAGCUCCAGGAGGCUGUCUCUCAGCGAAAUGAAGUGAUGAAGAAGGCAGAGCAGCUGGAGAAGAAGAUUGAUGCCAUGAAUAAGCUGCAUAGAGAAGCGGAAGCCAGGAACGCUGCGAAACUUGCCUCUGCUGAAGCUGCUGCCAGGGAAGUCCCAGGCCUUCGGGCCAAACUGGAGAAGGUUGAGGGUGAAAUCACCCGGCUGAGAGAGAAACACAAAAGAACAAUGAGUGGCGAUGGAGGAGGGGACGGUCUUGAUGAAUUGGAGGAUGAAGAACGACAGAAGCUCGAACACAGAAUCCGUGAAUUGGAGGGCCAGGUAUCCGACUUGCAACGGGGCAUCUGGAGGGACAAGAGGAUCCAAAUGCAACCCCGUGGCGAUGAAGGGUCGAGGACAUCUUUGGAUCCUGCGGAAGACUUUGAUGAGGUCGAUUUGUCGGGCACAGGUCAGGGAAGCAGGAGGAGAAGUUUCGCCAAUUCUCUGCAACAACAACAACAACAACAAACUCGACACUCUGGGUUUGCACAGGUUCUGAAUUCUGGCCUUGCCGCUUUCCGGGCCAGCACGGCAUCCCCUACUUCACAGGCGCAGCAUCAGACUCGACCUCGAAAUGAUUCUCUACUCCAGGAGUUUGGUGAUGAUGAUGACGCUUUUGAUGAAACUGCAUUCGUCCAAGCCCAAAGAGAGGAAGAGGCACGCCAGAUGGUCGAACACGUCAGAGAGGUCAAGCGAGGCUUGAAGCAAUGGGUGGGUUGGAGACUGGAUCUGGUCGAUGCCAGAAGGGCUGGAGCUGGCGUUGGCUUUGGUGAGAUUUUCGAAGUAUAG